CUUCCUGUGGUGCGGAGCAGGAAUCAAACCUUUGUUUCUACGUCAGUUGCAAAGGUAUUCAAUUGGCGAUCAGACGCGUAAAUGGCAAACACGAUGGCCUCUUUGAGUGUUAUUGCUCUAUUAUGCUCUCUUCAGAUGGUGGCAAGCUUCAAUGUGGAUAGAGACGAAGAGGGCUAUCACAAUAUUUCAAAGCGUCAAACGCCUUCAGUUCCAAUUUGCUAUACUCAGUUGAUGGAUAAAGCGAUGUGUACCUCCUGCAAAGGUCUUCCAUCUGUUUUUUGCACCAACUCCGCAGAGUUAACGAAAUGCGUGGCCACAGCAAAAGCAAAAACUGCAGCUGCGGCUGAAGCAGUGUGCCUGGCUGAUUGCACAUUGAAAGCACAGAAACUAACAAGUGCUACUGGAGUGGACGAAAAACUGGUGACCGCUUAUUGGGCUAAGCAGAAAUUGGACAAGACUUGGUUGGGCAUCACCAACAAGGCUAUUGCCCCUUGCGUCAAGGAUGCAAACAAAUUAUCCGCUGCUAAGUUAGCAUCCGGCUACAAAACCACUUGCAAAACAUCUGCAUUCUACGCAGACGCCUGCAUCCGUGCCGCCGUAAUCAAGAGCUGUCCAGCGGCAUCCAAGCAGGCCACUUAUAGUACUGUCGAAAAAGCCCUCAUGGCAUGCGACUACACAGCCAUAACCAAGUCGACGGCACAAUUAGCGCAGGAAGCCAUGAAGAAAGUUGAUCCGAAAACACUUGCAGCGGCGUCAAAGGACCCUUUAGCCGCGCUCGCCCUGGCAAAACAAAGUGGCUUAGAUAUGUCAAGUUUGACUGGAGGCGGUAAAAUGGACACGAACGCGAUGAAGGAUCUAGCAAAAAAGUAUCUUGGGUAAAUAAUGCCCUCUAAAGACAUUUUCAAAAUUUUAUAACGUUGACAUUAUUUGUAAAAUGCACAUUGGCUUUUCAUAGUAAAAAGGCGAAAUAUUAUAUCAGACAACAACCAAAUAAUGCUGUAAUUGAGUUUCAUUUUG